AUGAUGAAUCCUCUCGGAUUCGACUUUGCUCAAGCGGCCGCACAAGCCUCAGCCGCUUCGGUGGCCUCAUCAGAGGCAUCGGCCGGCUCGUCCGUUUCCACUGGAUCCGAUCAUUUGCAACGUUUAGCCGCUAUGACACAGGGAGUUGGAAAAGAGGAGGGAGAGACGUCGACUCCUACAGCUGAAGCGCUCAACUAUGGAGCUUACAUGUCCGGCUAUAGUGCUUGGCCAAACUAUUACCACCAAUUUGGACAGCCCCUCAACCCAGCCGCCACUUUCGGUGCCUGGCCUGCACAUUACGCUGCUCCACACUGGCCAAAUUAUGCUCAAACAAAGAAAGGUCGACAAACGUAUCAACGCUAUCAGACAUCAGUGCUCGAAAGUAAAUUCCAACAAUCGUCGUAUGUAAGCAAAAAGCAACGUGAAGAGCUUCGUCUGCAGACGAAUCUCACCGAUCGACAAAUCAAGAUAUGGUUUCAAAAUCGGAGGAUGAAGGCAAAAAAGGAGAAACAUCGAUUGGAGGAGGGUGGUGAAGCGGUGCCCCUGUUGCCCAAUAAUCCUCCAAAACCCCACGAUCCGAAUGAAGAAGACAAAAAGUGGUGUUUCCCAUUAGGGCCAGGUGCUGCUCCAUCACCUUGGGGUCAAAUGGUUCCACCGCCCGGCUAUGGUCAUCCUGGCUAUCCGAUAAAUCACUUG